AUGACAUCUGGUUUUAUUUUUUUUUUCUUAGGACUAAUACCUUUAGCGUUUAUUAUCGCAUUUUCAGGUUUAGAACUGGGUAUUGCUUUCAUACAGGCCCAAGUAUUUGUAGUAUUGACAAGUAGNNUUUUUCUUAGGACUAAUACCUUUAGCGUUUAUUAUCGCAUUUUCAGGUUUAGAACUGGGUAUUGCUUUCAUACAGGCCCAAGUAUUUGUAGUAUUGACAAGUAGCUAUAUUAAAUAUGCUUUAGAUUUACACUAA